GCAUCAUUGAAAGAAGCGAAGCAAUCGUUGGCAAAAUAUUUCAAUUUGACGAAAAUUCGAAGAAAACUGCGAUUAAAAUGGCCAGCAUUGUAACCAAAUCAACGGCACUCGUAAACUCAAUGGUAACUGCUGCCAAGCCAAAGUUUGGAGUUUUCUUGCGUUAUGCUAAAGUUGAACUUACGCCACCUUCACCAAGUGACAUUCCCGCAAUCAGAAAUGGAAUCGUGAAGUUAAUGUCAGGAGCCAAAACAGGUGCUUGGAAGAACUUGACAGUUCGUGAAGCAUGGCUCAACACAUUAAUUGGAAUGGAAGUUUGCUUCUGGUUCUAUGUUGGUGAAUGUAUCGGAAAGAGACACUUUGUUGGCUACGAAGUUUAAAAAUAUCUCCAUAAAAUUUAAUUAGUUUCUUUGCAACUUUAAAAAUGAGAAGUGUCCAAUAAAAAUAUUAAAUGGAAUUUCCAGCCAAAGAAAC